AGCAGCUACACCAUGAAAAAUUGAAAAGUUCUUGCAAACCACACAUGCAAGUGACAGACAACAUGCUACAGCAGCUAAGCAGCCCUGUGGGAUGUCGUGUGUUCGCACGAAACUGCUGAGCUCCUGCAAGCUGUGAGUUUCCCAGAUAAAAAUGGCGGAGAGUGGCCCAGCUCGCUCUGAAAACGCCAGUUCUAAGUCUGACCGUGGGCCCACCGAACAGCAACCCCCUACUACUACAGGUAUAAAUUCAAGUGGUGCUGACAGACGCGAAGGGAACAGUGCAACACGGAAUGACUCGAGGGAAAAAGCUGAGAAUAUUGCUGCAGAGCAAGUCGAGAAAGAUGGAGGACAUCAUCAGUUCAGACAGCGCCCCCGACAAGGCCAGCAGCAGAGUCGCUCGUCUGGCGUGAGAACGAGAGAGGUUUUCGAGGUUCGGGGUGGUAGGUGGAGGGGACAGAGGUGGAGAGGGGAGUAUGGCGACAGGAGAAAGAGG